AUGUAUAUCGAUAUAUUUUGCUAUUAGCAACCCUAAAAAUCGUGUGUAACUUUGUUUUGUUUGCACGUUAUAGAAUAUGGGACGUAGAAAAUUUUUUCCGCCAAACAAGGUGAUGCAGCACGGGGAUUUCAUAAACCAAAUUCGCAAAACCCUUUAUUAUGGUGCUGAUACAGUGGAUUCUGAAAUGGAAGUCUCACUCCCUUUGGCAGAAUAUGCGGCUGAGAUUUUUUCAGAGCCCCAUCGUGGACAUUCGCUGCAUCGCCUCACCUGCGUGGCCGCGGGAAAAAUUCACGCCACGCCUUGCUCCUUAAUUAUGGCAUUAAUAUAUUUGGACCGUUUGAAUGUCAUAGACCCGGGAUACUGCUGUAGAAUCACCCCUCAAGAACUGUUUGUUGUUUCACUGAUGAUUUCAACCAAGUUUUAUAUUGGCCACGAUGAGCGUUUUUUUUUAGAAGACUGGGCGAAAGCUGGCAGCAUGACGGAGGAGAGGCUUAAAGAAAUGGAACUCGAAUUUCUUUCCUCUAUCGACUGGAACAUAUAUAUAUGCAAAGAAGAAUUCUUUAAAAAACUAUGUAGAAUUGAACGUGCAUUGGCCGAACGUGAAGGAUUGCGAAGAGGAUGGUUAACAUACAGCGAGCUUGUUCGACUAUUACCUUGCUUUACAUUGACAAAAUUUUUACUAAACAGCAUUGGAGUUUUGACAUUAAGCUAUGCUGCCAGCGUAAUAACUUUAGCUGGUGCUUUCUUUAUAGCUAGCCAUGUGCCUGGGACAUUGUGGCAUAGCAAGAGUGUGGCUUUAAACAUUGAUUCUUCAAUAAAAACAGCAUCGUCAUCCGAACUUAAUGCAACUCAAUCUGCUUUUGUAGAUACAGAAGAAAUUUCCGAAUCACCUUUAAGCAAAAGCUGCACUUAUUUAAAUAUUGAAGUUGAUUUGCUAAAUAUAGAAGAAAAUUACGUUACUGAGAUAAGACUGAAUGAGAUGCAGUCCAUCCGACCCUUGGCGCAAUUUGAGCCUAAUUAUUCGCAAAGAAGUAAUUAUCAAAAUCCAAACAACUGGUUAACUGAUCAACGCGUUCGUUUAAAUGACUGCUGGAAUCAAUCAAAAAAUGCAUCAUUUUUUUGGCAAUUUCUUACUAAUUCAAUUAAACAUUCGUUAUUGGUACCUUGGCCGGAUGUGUGGUCAAAGCUAAUAUAAUAAUUUGUUACAAUAAAACACACUACACGUAAUAAUAUAUUUUUACAACAAAUGCAAAAGUAAAUACAGAAAGUAUUUAAAACAAA